CCAUUUGAACCAUUUGAACCAUUUGAAUGCGGUGUGUUUGAAGGUUUGCGCUAACCCGUUUUAUGGGAAAUCUCAUGCCUCUACGCUCACGAUCAACUGCUAGCUUCACUCAUAACAUUACCUGAAUCCCACUCUUGAUUUACUUCGAAUUGUCAUUAUUUGUUAUCAUCACUAAAUAUUCAUCUGUCCUGUAACUUAUGUGGUAUCACGUCAUUAAGCUGUACUAAAUGAAAGGUGUAGCUACUUCAGAGAGAAAUGACAAUAUCCAAUAUUGUUUCGGAAGUUGGAGUUUUUCUUCUAAGGAUCUAUGUUCUUGUCGUUUGGAAUAUAAUAAUAUUAUAUCAAAUCCUGCGUAAAAGAAGAGACCGUUGGAUUCACAUAAAUGACCUGCGUGUAGUUCAUGAGAAUCAAGGCUUCUUAGUCAUAAAUAAGCAUCCCGAGUUACUUAUAAACUGCACAGCCCCAUGGAUUAACUGUUUAACCCUACAAAUGCAGUUGUUCUACAACCGUCCAUGCUAUGUUAACUGGAAAUUGAAAAAUAUGUUUCAUUUUGUACAUCGACUCGAUUGUCCAACAAGCGGUUUAAUAUGCAUUGCUUAUGAUACAAAAGCUGCAAGUAUGAUUAGGCGUGCAUUUGAGAACAAAGAAGUCAAGAAGUAUUACUUAGCUAUUGUUUGGGGUUAUGUUGGAUCAUUUUGUGACUCAGGUCUAUCAUCAUCAUUCGUCAAACAUGAAUCAAAGUUUGUACAUCAUAUCCAAAUGCCGAUUGGUUCAUUUCGAUAUCUUUGGCCAAACACUGGGCGCAAACAAAAAAUAAUUGUCCCUAUUACACAUCCAGAAUGUUAUAGACCACGUGAAUCUUUAACGACAGUUAUUGUUUUGGACUAUGGCAAAUUAAUGGGUGAACCAGCUACACAUGUACUUCUUAUUCCUAAAACUGGUCGUCGUCAUCAAUUGCGUGUACAUUGUGCAAUUGGUCUAGGUCAUCCAAUCGCUGGUGAUACCACCUACGUUCGUCGUCCAUUCGAUCAUCCUAAUAUCGUUUACCUGAAUGAUAUUUAUACAAUGCAUAACGUUAACUUAGAUUAUAAAUUAAAACAUAUGAUGUUACAUGCAUAUACUAUGAAAAUAAAAUUACAAGCAAACAAUAAAGAAAAGAAUAGUUAUAAUGUAUGUGCUAACGAGGAUUCGUAUAAAUUGCCUGAAGAGAAAGAAUAUCAAUUUCAAACAAAUAAUAAUCCUUUUUUCAACCAUAAUGAUGCUUAUUUAUGGCAGAAAGAUGAAGAAAGUGAAAAGAUGAUGAUAUCAAUGGGGCAAACGACGACACCCCAUACAUUGGAAGAAUAUAUAAUGAACAAUGCGUAUUAGGAUAAUGAUUAUAAUCAUUUCCCAUCUAUCUUAUUUGCAGAAGCUCAUGGUUCUUAAUGAGUUGUAAUGUGUGUAAAUGAGCCUGUCAUGGUCUAUUAUUUUGCAUUCAAAAGGAAUUUUUUACGAGAAAAUGAUUUUACUUAAUCAUUCCAAAAACCAGUAGGAAUAGAUAAAAAGAAACCUAUUCAAAUACUGUGUAUAACCUGUUUAAGAAUACUAUCCUGACGAUCAAGAAGCCGAACGAGGCCAGUUUAGAAAAUACGGUUCAUUUAAAAAUAAAAUAAUUUUUCAAAUCAUGUGUCCAAGUCCCGAUAAAGCCGCUACAGAGAAACUUUCAUCCGAGUAAAAAUGAAGUCACAAUAUCAUAGUAUGAUCACGAAAUAGCGCAGGGCUGUAUCAGAAUGGGAUUUUAAGAAUUAGGCAAAAACUAACGUGCAGUUAGAUUUUCCAUCGUCCAUGGAAAAUGUUCAUCAUCGCUUACUCAGUAUCCGAUACAUGUAUACCUCAAGGCAAUUCCAUUGGUAGAAGAGCUCGGAGUCUUUUGAACACAUUUCUAAAAUUUCGUGAUUAAAAGCAAUGAAGGUACCAAGGAGUGAUCCCCCGGGAUCUGAUUAACACGACGCACUAAACUUCUAAAUUAUAUAGAAAACAAGCUCUGUGAUGCCGUAAACUUGAAUUCUAAAGCAGACUUGUUAAUCUUCCUUUGCUCAGUCGACAGAACCCCUUUUUGAACACGUUGCUGUUUUCUGAAUCCAUAAUUUCUAAAUAAGCCUAACUUAUUUGUAAUUACCACCACCCAGUGUUCACUUCAUCUAAUAACCACUGUAAAUCUAAACUUUAUGGACCUUCGUUAAUACCCUGUUCUUUUUGGACUAAUAAAAAUCUUCCGUUAAUGAGAUGUGACAUUUCAUUAGUGUUAUAAUGCGAAAUAUAGCGU